AUGGAAAGGAUACAACGUGACAUCGAGCCGCAGUUGAAGAAGCUCACCAUUGACAAUAAAACUGGCUACAAACUAAGCAAGGAGGAAGUGAGGUUCGAAGAUCCAUUGGUCACCGAAAAGUAUAUUCAGAAAAUAAACACGUUGUCGACAACGCUGGCUCGGAUCAACAAUGGAGACUUUAAAUUCGAGCCCAGCAUUGCUUUAGAAUAUCUCAGUGUGCUGAGCCAAGGAAUCUCGAUAAACGAUCUGAUGCCUGCGCGAUACUCUUUAGAAUACCUGGACAGGAAUAUCACAGCGCUUAAAAACAAAUUCGAGGUCCAGUGCUCAUCGGACUUCUACUCGCACUUUCAAAGAGACAAAGGUGAGCCGUUCCCUUUCUUUAGAUUACAAAUUCGCACGUUGAUGACAGCUCGCGUAUCUAUUUUAUUCAACCAGAGGGAUAUAUGA